AUGCUUCCGCUAGAUGCCCUCCGAACGCUACUGCGACCCACUCUGCAUCCUCACACGGCCCGAUCAGCGCGCCAUCGUCGUUUCCUCUCCUCAUCAACCCCGUCCCUUUCACCACCAAGUAUCUAUGUAAGCGACUCGCACAACCCCUGGUUCAACCUCGCCUUCGAAGACUGCGAGACCAGGCUCUUCCGCAAAACCGACCCCGACCAAAAGAUCCUGUAUAUGUACCGUAACGAUCCGAGCGUGAUCAUUGGGCGAAAUCAGAAUCCGUGGAAGGAGAUUGAUUUGGCGCGGUUAAGGAGCCUCGGGAUUCCUUUUGUGCGGAGAAAGAGCGGAGGAGGGACAGUCUACCACGACCUGGGAAACACCAACUAUUGCGUCUUCGUCCCUCGCCUCGAAUUCGAUCGGAAGACGAAUGCGGAACUCGUCACAAACGGGCUGAAGAAGCUGGAUCUCGAGGCGUACGUGAAUGACCGGAACGACAUCUGCGUCGAGGGGUUCAAGGUCUCAGGCUCGGCGUUCAAGCUCGUCAACAAGCGCGCGUACCACCACGGGACUAUGCUGAUCGACGCACAACUAGGCAACUUGCGCGGCGUGCUGGGUAACAAGCGGGAAUCAAUGGUCACGAAAGGCGUAGCGAGCGUCCCAUCACCCGUCCGGAACUUGAGGGAAUGGAGCAAGGAGAUUGAACAUGAGAAGUUUGUGGAGGUCGUCGCGAGGGAGUUUGCAGACAAAUAUGGGCUUAGUGGGGAAGUUAAGCGGGUAGACGAAGGCGAAGCAAGAGGGAACGAGUAUGUCCGGGACGUCGUGGCGGAACUUAAGUCCUGGGAGUGGCAGUACGGACAGACGCCCGAGUUUACGCACGAGAUCACUGGCUGGUUCGACUUUGGCUCGCUGACCAUGUCGAUCAGCUCGCGGCACGGGCUGAUCACCUCUGCCUCGCUGCCGUCCCCUCCGCUCGACCUCGAGUGGUGGCAGUCAGCCAGCGAGCUGUGCGAGUGGCUCGCGGGCGACCGGUACGAGAGUAUGGAUUCUACUACGCAGGCAGCGCAGGAACGGGCAGGAGACGAGGGUGAGCGGUUGAGGGUGCUGGUCGCGUGGUUGCGAGGGGAGAUGUAG